AUGGCCCGCGUGUGCACCGUGGAGGCUGAAGAGGCUGGAGGGCUGUUUGCACUGCCCAGUGCUGUGUCUCAGCAGAACCAUCUUCAGUGCCUGAAUGAGGAGCUAGACAGUGAGGUGUUUCUCUGCAGGGAAUGCCUCCAGAAUGCAUCCUGUCUUGUUCUUGCCGCCCGGCAUGCCAGUGCUUCUUCCACAAAUCUGAAGGAUGUAUUGGCUGACCUGAUACCUAAGGAACAGGCCCGAAUUAAGACUUUCAGGCAGCAACAUGGCAAGACAGUGGUCGGCCAGAUCACUGUGGACAUGAUGUAUGGUGGCAUGAGAGGCAUGAAGGGACUGGUGUAUGAAACAUCAGUGCUGGACCCUGAUGAGGGCAUCCGUUUCCGAGGCUACAGCAUCCCUGAGUGCCAGAAACUGCUGCCCAAGGCUAAAGGUGGGGAAGAACCCCUGCCUGAGGGCCUAUUUUGGCUGUUGGUAACUGGACAAAUCCCAACAGAGGAACAGGUGUCCUGGCUCUCAAAAGAAUGGGCGAAGAGGGCAGCUCUGCCUUCCCAUGUGGUCACCAUGCUAGACAACUUCCCCACCAAUCUACACCCCAUGUCUCAGCUCAGUGCAGCAAUUACAGCCCUCAAUAGUGAAAGUAACUUUGCGCGAGCGUAUGCAGAGGGUAUCCACCGAUCCAAGUAUUGGGAGUUGAUAUACGAAGAUUGUAUGGAUCUGAUUGCAAAGCUACCUUGUGUUGCAGCAAAGAUCUACCGGAAUAUCUACAGGGAGGGCAGCAGUAUUGGGGCCAUUGACUCCAAGCUGGACUGGUCCCACAAUUUCACCAACAUGUUAGGCUAUACUGAUGCUCAGUUCACUGAGCUCAUGCGCUUGUACCUCACUAUCCACAGUGACCAUGAGGGUGGCAAUGUGAGUGCCCACACCAGUCACUUGGUGGGCAGCGCCCUUUCAGACCCCUACCUGUCCUUCGCGGCGUCCAUGAACGGACUGGCAGGGCCCCUCCACGGCCUGGCAAAUCAAGAAGUCCUUGUUUGGCUGACACAACUACAGAAGGAAGUUGGCAAAGAUGUGUCGGAUGAGAAGCUACGAGACUACAUCUGGAACACACUGAACUCAGGGCGGGUUGUCCCAGGCUACGGCCAUGCAGUGUUAAGAAAGACUGACCCGCGGUACACCUGUCAGCGAGAGUUUGCUCUCAAACACCUGCCUCAGGACCCAAUGUUCAAGCUGGUUGCUCAGCUCUACAAGAUUGUGCCCAAUGUCCUCCUAGAGCAGGGCAAGGCCAAGAAUCCUUGGCCCAACGUCGAUGCUCACAGUGGGGUGCUGCUCCAGUACUACGGCAUGACGGAGAUGAACUACUACACCGUCCUGUUCGGCGUGUCGCGGGCGCUGGGCGUGCUGGCUCAGCUCAUUUGGAGCCGAGCCCUGGGCUUCCCCCUGGAGCGGCCCAAGUCCAUGAGCACGGAGGGUCUGAUGAAGUUUGUGGACACUAAGUCGGGGUAAAGCUGGAGGAGGGGAACCAACUGCUAGAAAGUGAGGGAACUUAAAAAUGUAUACUUUUGUUUCAGGGGGCCUUUACAUACUUAAGAUUAAAUUGUAUCUGAGGCAUUGAUAAGAAGUUUGAGGUUAAAAUAUAAAUUAAGACCUUAAAAGAUAAAAAGUGACCCCUUCUUCCCUAAUUAGCUCCGUUCCUCUGCCUGGUAAGACUUGUCCAUCAGCUGUAGGAUGAUCAGGACUAAUAAUGCAUGUGGUAUGAGUUAGGUUUGGCCCCUGCACCCCACCACCGCCCCAUCUCUAGGGUGAGACUGGCUCUCCCUGAGUCAGCGCUGGUUGCAGAGAAUCUGCUCUCCUGUCAGCUCUUGGUUCCACUCUGCCCAGCCCGUCAUCGGCCAGCGUCAGGAUUCUGCCCUUGUUUCCACCGGAUCAUGUUGGAUGGUCAGCUGUAUCAAGCCCCUUUGCCGUCUCCCAGGCACACAGACACUUCCUGUUGAGACCUGUUGGUUAGCUGGACAUGCUUUGGCAUUUGGUUUUUAUGCUACCAGGCGAUCAUAGAGGCCAUGGCAUUUGUUGUGAUUGGCACCUAGUGUUUGAUUCUAUUUGUCUUUUUUUUUUUUUUUUUUUUAAGUCCUUCCUGAAAGUUAAGGUCUGGGAGUGUUCUUGUCCUCACUAGUUGAGUGCUCACACCCUGCGGUUAGCUGUACCUGCUGUACCUUAAGCUGAGGAUGCUCCGGGCCUUCCCUUUUUGGCACCAACAGAGACCUCUUCAGCAGGCUGCACACAGCACUGUCUGAGCUCCAGUCUUUCCAGUCACUUGACUGCCAGUGCUUACUGUGAACUAAGCUUUUUUUUUACACCACAGAACACAAACCACUACCCUUUGACCCGGUGCGUGGGGGGUUUUCCUCCUCUUCUCAUAUGUUGUGGGCCAUAGAAUAGGGGCUUGGAAAUGACCAACAUGGUAUCUUCAUGGUCUGGUCCCAGGAUAACUGCCCUCUUUCUGAGCAGGGAAAUAAGAUUACUCAUAGUCUCCUUUGGAUAUCAGGUCCUGGGGCUGAGGGCAUUAAAAAUAAUAAACCUCCCUUUUCAUCCCCUGCCACAAGAAAUUGUCCCCUUAUUUAUCAAGGCAAGUUCCUCAUCCUGUCCCUUCCCUGAGAGCUCACAGCACAGUGUCUGUUGUAGAAGCCCCACUUGCACAGGUUCUCAGUGGCUCAGAAUGCUCUAUUGCCUUUUCUUUAAGAAAGGAUUGAAAUACACUCCUGCUGUGCCCCCUCCUCCCUCACACCCCUGCCUGUGUUGUGUGGAUCCCCAGUACCCAGAACCACGCUGUUGAGAUGGACACGCUGUAAACCCCUGGAUAACUGUCAAGUCAUGAUGCAGACUUCAGGUUGUUCUGUAUAAAAUGCAAAAUAAAUGUUUUUAUUAACAAUG